AUGAACUCUUACUUCGAGCAGGGUGGUUUUUACGGGGCCCAUGGAGUGCACCAGGGCGGCGGUGGUGGAGACCAGUACCGCGGCUUCCCUCUGGGCCUCACGUAUGCACAGCCACACGCUUUACACCAGCCUCGUCCUCAGGAUUCACCGUACGACGCGUCUGUCGCGGCGGCCUGCAAGCUCUAUGCUGGAGAGCAGCAAUAUCCUAAGGCAGAUUGUUCAAAGCCAGGCGGUGAGCAGCAGAAUGGCUAUGGUGGUAAAGAAGCCUGGGGCUCAGGUCUGGGAGCACUAGUGAGGCCGGCAGCAUGCACUCCUGAAGCUCGAUACAGCGAGUCGUCAAGUCCUGGUAGAGCACUUCCGUGGGGCAACCAGUGUGCGCUUCCGGGAUCAGCAGCAUCAGCCGCGCAGCCAGUGCACCAACAGCCUACUAAUCAUACUUUCUACCCUUGGAUGGCCAUAGCAGGUUAG